UCUAGUGAUUUUAUUUUGGUGCUGAGUUCGUGACAGGUUUUGUUGUGUUAUUUUUAGUCAUUCCGUAAUCAGCGAAUUAACAGAGCAAAAUAAAGAUAUUUGACCCAAUAAUGUUUAAUCAUUAAAGAUAAAUUUUUGGCAAAAGAGCUAUGUUAUGUAUCUAGCCACGGAUGCUGCAUUUAAGAAUAUAAAAGACAGUUUAUAUUUUGAUACCUUACGUAAAUCCGGGCGCUUUCGACUUCACGUAAAGUAAACUCAUUGCUUUAAACAAGAGACUAUUUGAAUAUCAGGGAUAAGAUGAAUUUGCUGCUGGUGUUUCUGAUAAUACUGGUAGUGCGACUUGCAUCGGUGUUUAUAGUGCAAACGUACUAUGUUCCAGAUGAAUACUGGCAGAGUCUGGAGGUAGCUCAUAAGCUAACUUUCGGUUAUGGUUACUUGACAUGGGAAUGGGUUCAAGGAUUACGUAGCUAUCUUUACCCAGUAAUAAUUGCGGGCAUUUACAAGGCAUUAGCAUUGCUUAAUUUAGAUACGGCACAACUGUUGGUGAUUUUGCCGCGUAUUUUGCAAGGCACGUUAUCGGCUUAUUCAGACUACAGAUUCUUUGUUUGGUCUGGCAAAAAGAAAUGGGGCCUAUUUUUAAUCCUUGUCCCAUGGUUUUGGUUCUACACCGGUUCGCGGACUUUAUCUAAUACUCUAGAAACCUCUUUGACAACAAUCGCAUUGAGUUACUUCCCAUGGAGUGGAGAAAGCACAACAUAUUUGUGGUUUGCUGCAAUCUGCUGCUUCUUGAGACCGACCGCCGCUGUUAUUUGGAUACCUUUGAGCAUUUAUCAUUUACGAAAGAGCCGUUUGCCAACAAGCGAUCUUAUUCUUAAACAUUUUUUGGUUGUUGGGCUUUUAGUUGGAGGAGUUUGUGUCGGUAUCGAUACUUACUGGCACGGUAGAUUGAUAGUUACUCCAUAUGAAUUCUUCAAAUAUAAUGUGCUGCAUAACAUUGGUAGUUUCUACGGCUCUCAUCCAUGGUAUUGGUACUUCACCGUUGGUUUGCCAACUGUUUUGGGCAUAAAUACAUUACCAUUUAUUUUUGGAGUAAUGGAUACCGUUCGUCAUAAACAAAAUUAUCCGGUACGCAAGCAGUUGCUUAUUACCAUUUUACUUUCUUUGGUUGUACUAAGCACUGUUGAACAUAAAGAAUUUCGUUUUGUGUCAUCUUUAUUACCUCUAUGUCUCUACAUUACUGCUGAUACACUAACCCGUUGGAGUUACAAUGCUUCCAGAUUUAUGCUUUGGCUGAGCGCACUGGUAAUAGUUUUUGGUAAUGCAUUGCCCGCAUGGUACUUAAGCACUGUCCACCAGAAGGGUCCACUAGAAGUGAUGACAAGUGUUCAACAGAUUGCUAGGGAUUAUCGAGAUGAAAACGAACACCGCGCCAGCAUACUCUUUCUAAUGCCAUGCCAUUCUACGCCGUUUUAUAGCCAUGUUCAUGAAAAUGUAACCAUGCGUUUUCUAACUUGUGAGCCUAAUUUACAAAAUAAACCUAAUUAUGUUGAUGAGGCCAAUAAAUUUUAUGAGUCGCCAACGCAUUGGUUGCGUUCUCAUAUUCCCUCAUAUCCGCGUACUGCUAUGCCAUCACACGUUGUGCUCUACGAACCUUUAGCUCCGGUCAUAAAUGAGUUUCUUAUGAACUACAAAGUAUUGCAUCGAAUUUCCAACGCACAAAUAAAUGAAAAUGUUGCACCUCAACUGGUCGUGAGCGAAUGGUCAAGAUUGCUGAAGGAGAAAGAAGUAGAUGUUAAAGCCCUUCUGAAGAGUAUGCAAAAUAGGAUAGGCAAAAAUAUACUAGUAUAUCAACGCCUACGUGCCGGAGAAGAAAAUACCUUCAAUCGAGAUGAGUACAAAACGUCAAAUGAAGCUACAUCGAGGGGAUCAAGAGUAGUAGAAGAUGUUCCUUACAACCAAGUCAACAGCGCAGAAGACACGGAGGAUCCCCACAAUAUGUUCAAUUGAUCAUAGACAAAAUGCUUGUUUGGGUUUAAUUGAUCAUAAUUUAUUUAUGAUUUUGAACUAUUCAAACUUUACUAUCUAUUUAAAAUAAGGUUUCCGAUUUAAAGUCGCAUGCAAUAUACAACAAAAAUAAAAAAAUUAUAUUAUUUUUGUUUCUGAAAGAAACAGCGGCUAGGUAGUGCAAGAGACAGCUUUGAUCAUAUGUUUACAUACAAAUAUUUGUAAGACUUAUUUUGUGUUUAUUUAUUUCAGUACAUAAUUUAUCAUGUAAUUUGUCAGUGUUUACUGAUACAGACUUUUACAAUAUCUCGUCAAUGAAAAAUAUAUCAGUAAGUUUACUAGUAAAUCCAGGCCACCUUACAUUUGUAUGUAUAUUUAUAAGUCCAGCCAAGUAUAAGACUAUAAUAUUUGACCCGAAAUGUCUUGUUUAUGCAAAAGCAAUUUUAGAAUAACGUUGAUACUUUUAUAACAUCUGGUAACUAGGCUAUGAAAAACUGGUUUUAUAAUAAAAUCUAGUUUUCUUUUUUAAUUUUAAUAAAGUUUUUAACUAAAGUUAACCAAGUCUUUGGUUUUCAUUGAAAA